GUUCUUGGAGACCAAUCGGGCACAUGCGACCUUCUUCUCCGCUUUUGGACAGCGUGAGGGAUCAGUUCGAGGAUUACGACCAGCUGGCCAAGGAUUUCACGAAGAUGUUCCUGAAUUCGGAAGAAAACACCAUCAUCAACUCGCAACUCUUCGACGUCGUUUUCUUAGUAGGACAGUCCAAGCAAAAGGUGAAGUUCAUAGCUGUACGAGCGAUCUUAGGUGUGAGAUCGCGCGUCUUCCAGGAGAUGCUUUACGGUAUCCAAACAGGUUUCGGAUCGCCCCAGGUCCCCGUAGCCGAACUACUCGCGCGACCCGUUCCAACGCUUCUGAGUCCUCAGCAAUCGCGACCGAAGAGCAGCAACUUCCUGCAGGUGCCGGACAUCGAAUCUCCUCGACCGAAGAGCGUCCCCAGUUCUCCGAUGGUGAAGAGAGCGUUCUCGCGGUUGGGCACCAUCACCGCAGGCUGGGGUCGCUCCAUCCGCAAACACAACACGCAGACGCUCUCCGCCGAGGACAAGAAGAAGUGGGCCAGCAGCCAGGAUUGUUCAAAUAAAGAAGGGAAAGACAAGGAAGGUAAGGAGAAACCGGCGCAACUCCCGGUGCCGAGGCUCAGCGUGUGCGCGGACGCCCAGAAGGUGGACAGGGCGAAGCUGGCGCAGACGGAGUUCUCCAUCAUCGAAUUCGAUCCGGACACGUUCAGGAUACUUCUGGAUUACCUUCACACCGGCUCGUGUCCUCUCACCUGCUCCACGAUACCUGGACUCAUCUGCGCCGCAGAACACUACGACCUUCCCGAACUCCUGCAAGCGUGCUUCCACCACGCCAAACAGUUCUUAAGAAUCGAAGUCGUCUGCUGCAUGCUGUGCUCUCUGGAGAACUACUACUGGAGAUACACCUCCGCCUCGGAGCUGGUGAACAUGAUUCUCGCUUUCGUGGAAACACGGGCUUUCGCACUUUUCCAAACGUCAGAGUUUCUCACUUUAAGCGAAUCCAUGGUGCAGAUGAUCAUGUGCAGGAAUCUGGAGGUGCUCGAGGUGAGGAAAUUCGAGGCGAUGCUCACAUGGGCCCAUCACAAGAUCAGGACGAAGACCUCGAGCAAAUUGGAUGCGAAGAUGGAGUUCAAGUGCAUCAUGGAACGUCUGGCCAGGGAUCUGAAGCUGUACAGAAUCGCACCGCAAGAAUUGAUCAAA